UAUGAUCAUGCCACUACACUCCAGCCUGGGCAACAGAGCGAGACCCUGUCUCAAAACAACAACAAAAAAAUCUAGAUUCGUGAUCUCUUCCCAGCCUGGUCCUCCUCCAGUGCUCCCUCUGUCAAGUUUCUUCAAUGCUCCUCCCACUGAGAGGUGGCAGUAUGUCCCCUCCCUUGAAUCUGGGCCUGUGACUCUAGUAGAAUAGAGUGGGUCUGACGUGGUGCCAGGUUUCAGGUUUCAGGCCCAGGUCUUAAGAAACUGGCAGCUUCUGCUUCCUGUCUCUUGGGAUGCUUUGCUCUGGGAACCCAGCCACCACGCCGGGAGGAAGCCAAGCAGCCACAUGGAGAGGCCACGCAGAGCCAUCCUGACCAGCACCCCCAGCUGAGGCUCCAGCUGACAGCUGGCAUCAGCUGCCCCACGUAUGGGGAAACUGACUCGAUGAAUCUCAGGCUUGGCUGCGGUCAGGGUAGAAUCAGGACUGGAACCCAGGCUGUGUGGCUGCGGCCCUGACCCUCACCAUCCAUGUCAGGGCCGUCCACCUCACAUUCUGGGGUCGCCCUCCACGGGAUGCAGACCUUGCUGUCCCUUCAGGCAGGCUCCAAACAUUGACCCUUACCUUCAUGUCUUGGCCCCCAUGGUGUGGGGCUUGGUCACAGCUGCUUCCCCAGCCCCAGGCCUGCAUGAAGAAGGCACUCACUAAAUGCUUGCUGUUGAGGUGAGUGAAGCUGAGGGUGGAAUCCGAGAGUGGGAGGAGGAGGAGGAGGAGGAGGAGGCAGCAGAGAGGACGCCCACGGGAGAAAAGUCUCCAAACUCUCCCAGGACUUUGCUGUCUCCGAGAGGGAAGGCCCGGACGGGGGGACCCAUGGAAGUCAAGCUGGAGCUGCACCCCCUGCAGAACAGGUGGGCUCUGUGGUUCUUCAAGAAUGAUCGCAGCCGGGCCUGGCAGGAUAACCUGCACCUGGUCACCAAGGUGGACACUGUGGAGGACUUCUGGGCGCUGUACAGUCACAUCCAGCUGGCCAGCAAGCUCUCCUCUGGCUGUGACUAUGCCCUGUUCAAGGAUGGCAUCGAGCCCAUGUGGGAGGACAGCAGGAAUAAGCGGGGUGGCCGCUGGCUGGUCAGCCUGGCCAAGCAGCAGCGCCACACUGAGCUGGACCGGCUGUGGCUGGAGACGCUGCUGUGUCUGAUCGGGGAGAGCUUUGAGGAACACAGCAGGGAGGUAUGUGGGGCCGUCGUCAACAUCCGCACCAAGGGAGACAAGAUCGCUGUGUGGACGAGGGAGGCGGAAAACCAGAUGGGUGUGCUGCACAUUGGGCAUGUAUACAAAGAGCGCCUGGGCCUCUCCCCAAAGACCAUCAUUGGGUACCAGGCCCAUGCAGACACAGCCACCAAGAGCAACUCCCUAGCCAAGAACAAGUUUGUGGUGUGAGGGGGGCCUUGGCACCCCUCCUAUGGGACAGCCACCACCUGAGCCUCAUUACUUUGGGGGGUGGGGUGGGACUGGGGAUCAGACAGCCUAGUGCUUACCUGUCCUCAAGUGAACAGGAAUGCAAACACUCUUUAACAUGAGUUGGGACCUGGGCCUUAGGGGCCAGAUGGGGGUAGUGGUGGCAGUUUGAAGACCUAGCUUGUCCUGGGGCCACAGGACAGCAGCAGGGUGGAGGAAACUCCUGGGGGUGAGGUGAGUCAUGUGGGGGAAGGAGGGCUCUAUGGUAGGCGGAGAAGCCCAUAGUCCAGCGUUUACUUUGUUUCCACCCAGGAAGGGGGCGAGGUGGCCUGAGAGACGGACUCUUCCAUGGGUGUGGGGGUCUCAAGGGCACAGACACUCUGGAGGGUGAACGCCAUCAUUUGUACAGAGGGAUACGUGGGUUGCUGAGGACUGAGAGAGCCUUGCAAGGCUGCUCCCCUUCUCCCCAGCUGUGACCAGGGCUGUCUGGGCCUUGCCUGCCUCAGGGCCAGACUGAAGUGGAGGUGGGGGGGGAUGCUGGGCUAGGCCUCACCAAGGUUCUGGUAGAAGUGGAUAAACUUGAUAAUAAAAGCUUAAGCAUC